AUGGCAGCCAAACCAGCACCAACACCAGUAUCAGCAGCAGUGUCUCAGAUAGGAUUAUCAAAGGAAUCUUUGAAACAUUUGAAGUGCGGGACGUGCGAAGGAUUCUUAUCUGUACCCCCAAUAACCAUGGAAAAGGAAGGAAAUUACGCAUGUGGUCGUUGCAACUCAUCGGGUACUAGGGUUUUGAUAUAUGAAGAGUUAGCCAAGUAUAUGGUAUUCCCCUUAUGUAGACAAACGAUAAGUGACACUAGAAAUCUUGUUUUGGAAGAGAUUGCAGAAACUGUCAGAACACCAUGUCAGAAUGCUGAUAAAGGUUGCAAAUAUAGUGGUUCAGUUAAAAGUACAAAACAGCAUUUGAUGGACUGUAAAUACAAUUUUGUGUGA